AUGGUCUCACGACAACGAAGACAAACAUGGUCUGUGAGAACGACUGAAGAAGAAAAUGAGUUGCAAGAUGGUUCAAAUGAUCAAGAAGGAUCACUGUUUAACAAUUAUUGUGUUCCAUUAUCAACUAGAAAGUCAAGUAAUCAUGAUGGACAACCACCAUUAAGUUCAUCAUGGACACAUGUAUUAAACCGUGUGACGUUGUUUAGUCAGCGAGAGAAAGCGUUUAAAACAGCAUUCUACAACGGUGCGGCUGUAUUGUUUAUAAUUUUAUGUUGUAGUUGUGCUGUAUUAGCCUUUUAUAUUUUGGAAGCAUUUCUGAGACCAAUAUUAUGGGCAAUAUUAACCGGUGCUUUUUUAUUUCCAUUUAAAAAGACAUUGACGAAAAUAACACGACAGUACUUAAAACAGUUUGAAGUUAAUAAUCAUUUAUUAAUUACCGGUGUUACAAUUAUAGUACCAUAUCAAACACUCGAUACAUUAUCAAAUUAUUUGGGACCAUUAGCUAUACAAAAAUGGAAACCAAUUUUAUUCAUCUUUAUUCUAUUACCGAUAUUAAACGUUGCCAAAAUGGAUAUCUAUUCCGGACUGAAAGCAUUUCUAUACGAAAUCAUACUCAAAUUGAGUUUGAUACAAGAAUAUUUUGAAUCUCAAUGGAUCAUAACACUGUUGUGUGGUUAUUUAUGUGCUGUUAUUUGUCUGUAUAACGAAGAAAACUAUAUAAUUAAAAAAAUAUUAAAUCUAUUAGCUAUUCCUUUAUGGAUAAUAUUUUUUCUCUAUAUUUCGCAGUACAUAUCUCAGACAUACAGACUAUUGUUUCUUAUUCUCACAUUCACACUCAUCGUAAUUGGAUUUAUCGCUGAUGUACACGAAAAGUUUGAUAUUGAAUCAAAGAGAAACAAGAGCAGUGUUAAUGAAGCAAAUAAUCGUGAGUAUAUAUUACCCAGACAAGAAGUAUUUGCUCCAUCUCCAUCACACGGUUUAUUUCGUUUAUUUCUCAAAGGUGACAAGAAAUUAAAUUAUUGUUUGCAAGAAUCAAUUGAUUAUUUAAUUAGUGCAUUUAUUAUUUUUACAUUGUUAAUAACAGUAUUAUUUGGAGCAGUCGUACUUGCUAUACAGAUUCAUCGAGAAAGUUUACAUAUGAUUAAAUUAACUGGUAAUUUAGUCAAUGAAACCGUUGUAUUACAGCCAACAUUCCAAUAUUUAUUACCGGAAAAAGAACAUAUGAAUCAGUUAGUUGAUACAGCUGUCAAUAAUUUUUAUCUUUAUGGAAGACGAUUUUUAGCAAAUCAGGUUCAAAAUUUUGGUCAAGAUAAUUUACCAAAUAAGAAGAUUGAAGAAAAUGUUUUAGAAUUAUGGGAUCGUUUGUACACAUACAUUACAAUAUCAUCAUUUUCAACUUCGUCACUUAAUAAUCGCACAUCAACAAAUAUAUUAUUUCAUCAGUCUGUUCCAACAACAUCUCUUGUUGAAGAAGAAAAUGUGCCGACAAGUUUAGCGAAAAAAUUCAAUUGGCAGUUAUUACUUUUUAAUUUACAAGAUUUCGAUUUAACUUCAAUUCAUUUGAAUGAUAUUUAUUAUCUAGUCAAAGAUAAUUUGGGUUUAUUCAAGUCUGUAUUUGACUCUAUAUGGUCUAAUAUGAAUGUAUUUUUAACAUUUAUGUCCACAAUUCUUUCACUGUUGUUUCAUGGUGGAUUUGUAUUAUUUAAUUUCUUAUUUUCAUUUGUUGUAUAUAUUACAUUGUUAUUUUAUCUCUUAUCCCAUUCAAAUGACUAUUAUCGACCAAAUCAAUGGAUUAAUCAAUUAGGUGGUAUUAAUAAUGUUAAACUUGGAAAAGCAGUUAAUGAUUCAAUAACAUCUGUAUUUGUUGCAUCGUUAAAAAUGGCUUCAUUCUACGGGAUUUAUACAUACUUAAUACACACAAUAUUUGGUGUAAAUAUCGUCUUUUUACCAUCAGUCAUUGCUGCAAUAUGUGCUGUUUGUGUUAAAUCAUAUUGGUCAUCAUUACCGGGAUGCUUAGAUUUAUGGUUAAUGCAAAGACAACCAGUAUUAGCACUCUUGUUAUUGAUUUGUCAAAUAACUCCGACAUAUUUUGUUGAUACAGCAAUUUAUAGUGAAGUGAAAGGUGGAGGACAUCAGUAUUUAACGGCUUUAGCAAUAGCUGGCGGUGUCUAUUAUCGUGGUCUUGAAGGUGCAUUAAUUGGACCCAUUGUUUUAUGCUGUCUAUUAGUUGGCGUUAAAUUAUACGAAACAAUGAUUGCGUCUGACACUAUACUUACUCGUACAGAAAAUGAAUUGAAAAUGCAAAUAGUUCCAAAUGUAAGAGAUGAUCAUCCGGUUGAAAUUCUACAAACAUUUCAAGAUCGACAGCAACAAACUACAGAUAUCCCGAUGAAUGAAUGA